AUGUCAGCUCGAUAUCCCCGAGUAGCCGUCCUCCUGGGCGUCCAGCCUCGCUGGCACGUGCCGCUGCUGCUCUGUCGGGCCCUCUCGACCGUGUCGGCCGCGUGGUGGGCUUGUCAGACCUGUUUCAGCAUCUAUCGACUCAUCUCGGUCUACGACACGACGGGAGUGACAGCGGCGUCCUCCAUCUCCACGUUGUCAGCAGGUGUCAGUGGUGGGACGAGUGUCGGUGGUAGCGGUAGUGCUGGACCUGGACCUGGACCUUGUGGUUUGCUUUUGGAGAAUCGGAUCUUCAGGCGCAUGGCUGUGGCACAAGUAUGCUUGAGCUUUCUCUGGGCCGGCGCUGCAGCAUACCUCGCACACAUGUUCGCGUCGUCACUGAUGUCGCGGUGGCUGCUGCACUACAGCCCCUUAGCGGUGCUGGUGCGGCUGUGCAGCCUUUCGAUAUUGCUGUCGUUCGGGUGCCUACAGAUCUUCCGGGCCACGCGGGCCACGGAGCCGGACCUGCUCCAGCUCAGCCGCAGCCUGCUCGCGUGGAUCGCCAUCUCGAUCGGCCUGAUGCUCGCAUACUUCUGCACGCAGCAGGACAUAUUCUCGGCCGACCACGACGACCGCGACGACCGCCGCCGCCGCCAGAUCCUCCGCCUCAAGUGCCUCUACGUCAUCUCGGCCUGCAGCCUCUUCAGCCUGCUGGUCCUCGUCGGCAUCGUCCAGCUGGACCACCACACCGGAAUGUCCCUGAAAGGAAUGAUUGCUGCCGCUAUCGGGAGCGCGACCGAGGGCGGGGACGGUACUGCCGGCCAGGACUGGGGCCUCGCGAGGCCUCUACACGAUUGGCACGUGACUUGCAAGGCGUUGGCGUCUGAUCUGGCACAACAAUGGCGCAGGUUCGCUUCCGGCGCCGCUAGAUUUGGAGCCGAACUGUGA